AUAAUAAAUAAAAUUGUAAAAUGAAUAUUAUAAGAAAUUUCAUAAUACUAAAAUGGCGGUUCGUUUUUGGUUGCUGAGCAUAAUUUGUUAAAUCAAUAGUUUACUUCAUUAUAUUACUUUAUUUCAUAACUUUACCUAUAAAAUUUGAGAACUUAAAUAGUAUUCUCAUAAAUUAUAUUAUCCAUUACAUAGUUUUACUGUCCUUGUCCUUAUAAUGAUUGAUAAUGAAAUAGAAAAUUUGAAAGCAGAGCUAGAACAUGAAAAAUCGUGCAGGGAAGCUGCUGCAUGGCAGAAUGGGGAGCAAGAAAAACAAAUUGUUUUCAUUCAGGAGGAAAUGCGAAAGUCAGAAUAUCCAUGGGAUUUCGACGGUGAUCUUCAUAAAGAAAGCGCUAAACACAAACAAUUGUUAGAUGCCAUUGAUACUUUAAAAGAACAAAUACCUCUACUCCGCGAAAAAAUUAGAAAUGCAAAAGUGUGUGGUCCAGACUGCAAAUUGAAACACGAUGACUUAAAUAUCAAUCUAGAUAUACUUUGUCCAGCUGAAUUAUUGAGAACUGUGAAACGCUUCGAACGACUUAAAACCGACCUCAUAAGCACACUUCGAAGCAAAGAAUGGCGAUUGGAUUCUGAAUCAAAACUUUUUGUAAGAGUUAAUGAUCAGAAGACAUACCUGCAAAAUGAGUUACUAAUAUGUCAAAAUAACAUAAUGCGCUUGCAACGAAAUGGCUCAUAUUGGAAGAAUAUUCCCCGCAAAAAUGACGAACGAGUCAUGGACCCAAAGCGAGGGCCUGUGAAGAAAAUAUUUUGUGUGGAACGCUUACCGCCCAUUGCAACAUAGACGCCAGGCGGCCAGAAACUCUGUCACACCUUCUACACAACUGUACCUCUGUGUCGAAACUUUAUUUUAAUUAGACAAAGCACAAACAGAAGCACUUAGAAAAUUAGAAUUUAUUCUUACCUAUAUGAUAUUGUAAUCAUACUAUUGUUGUUUGAAUACACAUUAAUCUAUACGUCUAGAUAGACUGUGAAAGCUGUCAAAACUUCGAAAAAAAAAGUUUGACAGUUAACCUCUAUUUUGAGAAGAUUUUGGGCAAAGCACGAACAGUAAUCAGACACGGACAGUAAUCACAACCAUCAUGUUCACGAAGCAUUCUUACACAAGCAAUAUCGAGUUCAAGCUCUAUAGGUGGAUGCAUCCAAUAUACGACAACUUAUAUUUAUACAGUAAAUUAUUUAUUACUUUUUAUGAAAUAAUUUAAGCACGACUCAUAAGUUUAUUGGAUGCAGUUACAAACUCAUUUGUAAUGUAUAUUACAGCCAUUGUAAAAUACUCUAUUUGAUUGAAAACAGUGGCCGCCGAGUUUCUUAUAUUAUGUUCUUCGCACGAGCUCAACUUUUUACGAACAUAUUAUGGUAAAUUCAGUAAUAAAAAAAUAAUAAUAGUGAAUUAAUAGAAUAAAGUUUAUUUGACGUUGACUAACAUAAAGUGACAUACAAAUCGCGAGUGUAAGACGUAGCUUGUCACGCACACUAACGUAGUAAACCUGGCCUGUUUUCAUCGGUUGUCCAACAGCAAGAGGUUCUAUCUAGGCGUAUAAAUUAUCUUAGUUUAGAAUUUAUUAUUACCUACAUGAUAUUGUAAA